GACAGAGAGAGAGGGAUAGGGAGAGAGAGAGAGGGAUAGGGAGAGAGAGAGGAGAGAGGGAGAGGGAGAGAGACAGAGAGAGAGGGGGAUCGUGAAGGUGAAGUUAAAAAGGCUGGAGUCAAAACUGGAUUUAUCUUCAACUUCCGGUGGACGACCGUGCCGUGUGAUGAAUGGCACGUCGGACGCGUCGCUGUACGUCUCCCGGCCCGCUGUCCUCGUUGGUCGGAUGUCCCCCCUCCGCUCCGUCUCGCAGCCCGGGCUGAGAGACGCGGCACGCUCAACAUGAACUGACCAACGCUGACCCAUAAGCGCACCACCUGCACUCCUCCAACACACACACACACACACACUCCACCUCCUCCUCUCUGGGUCGGUGCUGGACUCGGAACCAUGACCGGCCCAAACUCCCCGAGCAGAACCGGCACCUCGCCCGCCAAGCUGAGCCGACACGGACGGUCCAAAAGCAGCAGUUCUCACUGCCUCCUCCGCUGCAGCACCGGGGAGGAAUCGUCUGCCUCCCCCCUAAACAACAGCUCCCGCUCCCCGGGGGAGGAGGAGGAAAAGGACGGAGGGGUUCUGUUCUACGUGAACCGCACCGGGUUCCCCAUUGAGAGCGUCACCUGGGAGCGGAUGUGGACCCACGUGGCCAACGUGCAUCCUGAGGGACAGGAGAUGGUGGAUGAGAUCCGAAAUGCUGCCUAUAUCCCCAAACAUCCUGUUCCCUGUGUUCCCAACUUCAAGCCAUCCAUGUCCGUCCCUGACUGGCUGGUGGCCGUUCAGAACUUCAUGAAGACUCUGCAGUACAACCACACAGGGACGCAGUUCUUUGAGGUGAAGAAGAGCCGGCCGCUGUGCGGGUUGAUGGAGACAGCGAGAGAGAUGAUCAGGGAGUCUCUACCAAUCAAAUGCCUCGAGGCGGUCAUCCUGGGAAUCUACCUGACCAACGGCCUGACGUCGCUGGAGCGAUUCCCCAUCAGCUUCAAGACGCAGUUCUCGGGCCACUGCUUCCACCACGUGGUGCUGGGCGUCUACUUCAACGGACGCUACGGCUCGCUGGGCAUGAGCCGGCGCCAGGACCUGAUGGACAAGCCGCUGACCCACAGGACGCUGGGAGAGCUGGUGGCCGAGUUCGAGACGUCCUACCGGAGAUACCAGCACACCCUGAAGAAGGUGAAGAUCGGCCUGUAUGUCCCCCACGACCCCCAUGUCUUCCAGCCCAUCGAGUGGAAGCACCUGGUGCUGAACGCUGUGCGGCUCGGAGCCCAGGAGAUGAAGAAGGAGCUGGAGAAACACGGCCGAGACAUGAGGAUGAAGAUCCUGAAGUCGUCGAGCGCCCAGUCGCCCAUCAAAGAACGCAGCCGAGGCAAGUCGUUAUCGCCACGGCGACGACAGACCAGCCCCCAUCAACGCUUCCCACACCGCCGAGAGAAAUCGCCGGCGUCGGUGGAUAGGAAACCUCCAGAACUCAGCACCCUCAAUGACGGCUACCAGAUCCGCAUCUGAUCCAUCGCCAUGGCAUCUUCUGGGUUAUUCUCCAGUGCUUUCCUGUUAACCUGAUCCAAAAACAGGA